AAUGAUUUCCAGUAUUUAACCAUUUGGAAAAAAUACAAUCAGUCACAAAUCACCCUCGCAGCAUGUCCAACUGGUUGAGCUGCUUCCAAAUUCUGCUGGCAGGAAGGGCUCUCGUCCAAGCAAUCGAUCCAAAUGAGCUGCUGAAAUCAACCAUCACCAAACACAACUACCCGGUGGAGCUGCACCCGGUCACAUCCCCCGAUGGCUACCACCUGACCAUGGCCCGAAUCCCCAACGCACGCCGCCCGAUCCUCUUCCUGAUGCACUCAUUCCUCAGUUCCUCCGCCGAGUACACCGUUCUAGGCCCCCGACAAUCCCUAGCCUUCUCCGGGUUCGACGCCGGUUUCGACGUGUGGCUAGCGAACGGUCGCGGAAACACCUUUUCCCGAUCGCAUCGCUCGUUGGACCCCUCGCAGAAGCAGUUCUGGGAUUUCAGUUUCCACGAAGUGUCCACCCUGGACCUACCGGCCAUGAUUGGGUACGUGCUGAACGUGACCGGACGGGGGAAGGUUCACUACGUGGGGCAUUCGCAAGGUGGGACCAAUUUCUUGGUGAUGGCUUCGAUGCUGCCGGAGAUCAAUGGGAAGAUUGCCAGUGCGCAUUUGUCCUCGCCGGUGGCGUUCUGGUCCAAGAAUACGACGCCCAUGAGCUACUUGUACGAUGAGCUGUUGACGAUGAUCGGGGUUUUCGAGCAGAUCGGGUUGUACGAGAUCGGUGGGCGGUCGGUGGGCAGUGUGAUGGAGUACGUGGAAAAGGCGAUCGACGGGGGAUGCAUAUCGGAGGACAUGCUGAUGAUGGGGCUUUGGAUGCUGGUUGGGGAACACGGGGAAACGCUGAAUCGAACUACGCUAAACGGGAUUAGGAAGGUGUUUCCGGCGGGGGCGUCACUGCGGCAGGGGUUGCACUUCCUGCAGAUGAUGAAGUCGGAGCGAUUUUGUUUGUUUGACUACGGUGAGCAGGAGAAUUUGAAGCGGUACGGAAAAGUGGCACCCCCGAACUAUCCUCUGGAGAAGAUAACUGCGCCGGUGGCUUUGUACUACGGGACAAAUGAUCCUUUUGUGGCACUCAAAGACUUGGACGACUUGGCGAGGAAGUUACCGAAUUUGGUUUUGAAACAGAAGAUGGAUGAUCCGAAGUGGAAUCACAUCGAUUUCAUCUUUGGAUCGCAUGGUUACGAGGCUCAUCAAUUGGUGCUCAAGUGGGCUAAAGCCUAUGAAUCAUAG